CAUCCGGCUUGGGAGGCGGGGCCUCGCUCGGGGGCGGGGAUUAUCUGGGGGUGGGACUCUGCUCUCCGUGGCUAGUGGCCGGCGGUCCCGUUAGGUGCGAGGAGGAGGCGAUGGCGGCGUGCGCGAUGAGGCUGCUAACCACACUGCUGGCUGUCGCCGCCGCCGCCUCCCGGGCCGAGGUCGAGUCAGAGGCGGGACGGGACUUGGCGCCUGAUCUGCUCUUCGCCGAGGGGACCGCGGCCUACGCGCGCGGGGACUGGGCCGGGGUGGUCCUGAACAUGGAGCGGGCGCUGCGCUCGCGGGCCGCCCUGCGCGCCCUCCGCCUGCGCUGCCGGACCCGCUGUGCCGCCGACUUCCCGUGGGACCUGGACCUGGACUCGCCCGCGAGCCUGGCCCAGGCCUCGGGCGCCGCCGCCCUGCACGACCUGCACUUCUUCGGGGGCCUGUUGCGCCGCGCCGCCUGCCUGCGCCGCUGCCUCGGGCCGCCAGCCGCCCACUCGCUCAGCGAGGAGCUGGAGCUGGAGUUCCGCAAGCGGAGCCCCUACAACUAUCUGCAGGUCGCCUACUUCAAGAUAAACAAGUUGGAGAAAGCCGUAGCAGCAGCACACACCUUCUUCGUGGGCAAUCCUGAGCACAUGGAGAUGCGGCAGAACCUAGACUACUACCAAACCAUGUCUGGAGUGAAGGAGGCCGACUUCAAGGAUCUUGAGGCCAAACCCCAUAUGCAGGAAUUUCGGCUGGGAGUGCGACUCUACUCAGAGGAACAGCCGCAGGAAGCCGUGCCCCACCUAGAGGCGGCGCUGCAAGAGUACUAUGUGGCCAAUGAGGAGUGCCGUGCCCUCUGCGAAGGGCCCUAUGACUACGAUGGCUACAACUACCUCGAGUACAAGGCUGACCUCUUCCAGGCCAUCACAGAUCAUUACAUCCAGGUCCUCAGCUGUAAGCAGAGCUGUGUCACCGAACUCGCUUCCCACCCAAGUCGAGAAAAGCCCUUUGAAGACUUCCUCCCGUCACAUUAUAAUUAUCUGCAGUUUGCCUACUAUAACAUUGGAAACUAUACACAGGCUAUUGAAUGUGCCAAGACCUAUCUCCUCUUCUUCCCCAACGAUGAGGUGAUGAGCCAGAAUCUGGCCUACUACGCAGCUAUGCUUGGAGAAGAACAGGCCAGAUCCAUUGGCCCCCGCGAGAGUGCCGAGGAGUACCGCCAGCGAAGCCUGCUGGAGAAAGAACUGCUUUUCUUCGCUUAUGAUGUUUUUGGAAUUCCCUUUGUGGAUCCGGAUUCAUGGACUCCAGAAGAGGUGAUUCCCAAGAGAUUGCAAGAGAAACAGAAGUCAGAACGGGAAACAGCUGUACGCAUCUCCCAGGAGAUCGGAAACCUCAUGAAAGAGAUUGAGACCCUUGUGGAAGAGAAGACCAAGGAGUCGCUGGAUGUGAGCAGGCUGACCCGGGAAGGUGGCCCCUUGCUGUAUGAAGGCAUCAGCAUCACCAUGAACUCCAGACACUUGAAUGGUUCCCAGCGGGUGGUGAUGGAUGGCGUAAUCUCUAACGAUGAGUGUCGGGAGCUGCAGAGACUGACCAACGUGGCAGCAGUUUCAGGAGAUGGCUACCGGGGUCAAACCUCCCCACAUACCCCCAAUGAAAAGUUCUACGGAGUCACUGUCUUCAAAGCCCUUAAGCUGGGGCAGGAAGGGAAGGUCCCUCUGCAGAGCGCCCACCUGUACUACAAUGUGACCGAGAAGGUGCGGCGCGUCAUGGAGUCCUACUUCCGCCUGGACACCCCCCUCUACUUCUCCUACUCCCACCUGGUGUGCCGCACGGCAAUUGAAGAGGCACAGGCUGAGAGGAAGGACAGUAGCCAUCCAGUCCAUGUGGACAACUGCAUCCUGAACGCCGAGACCCUCGUGUGCAUCAAGGAGCCUCCUGCCUACACCUUCCGGGACUACAGUGCCAUCCUUUACCUAAAUGGGGACUUCGAUGGAGGAAACUUUUAUUUCACUGAACUAGACGCCAAGACCGUGACGGCAGAGGUGCAGCCCCAGUGCGGACGGGCCGUGGGAUUCUCUUCAGGCACUGAGAACCCGCAUGGAGUGAAGGCCGUCACCAGGGGGCAGCGCUGUGCCAUCGCCCUGUGGUUCACCCUGGACCCUCGGCACAGUGAGCGGGACAGGGUGCAGGCAGAUGACCUGGUGAAGAUGCUCUUCAGCCCAGAAGAGGUGGAUCUCCUCCAGGAGCAGCCCCUGGACUCCCAGCAGGGUCCCCCACAACCUGCAGAAGAGUCUCUCUUGGGCAGUGAGUCAAGGCACAAGGACGAGCUAUGACAGCAUCCAGGUCGCACAUGGAUGGGUGAUUAGACCCACGGGGAGGAACUCUGUCCUGCACCCUGGACUGGCCAGCCUCUCAGGGCCAUCGAGCAGUGGGGAACUUACAUCCACUACCCAGUGAGGGGACCCUGCUCACAGCCUCCUGCAUGGUGCUGCUGCUCUUGGAGUGAACAUGGCAGGAUGGCUCGCUCCCCUGAGGCCGGCUGAGGCUCAGGACACAGGCCCAGAGUCGUCCCGGGGGCCUGCACAGGUAGCCACAUGACAGCAAUACAGUAUUUAAGUGUCUGUGUAGACCAAAGAAUAAAUGAUUUGUGUUUUUUUA